CUGGUUUGAACGCGGCCGGGCGGUUGUCGCCGGCGUCUCCUUCGCUCGUGAGGGAGGGCGCAGCAAGACGCAUGUCGUAGCAGCGCCCGCGCCGCCUGCCUCGGUGAAGACAGCGCGCGGGCGGGCGGGCGUGUUUUUCUUCCCUCUCUCUCUCUCUUUCUCUCUUCGCCCACCCGCCUCCUGCUGCUUUUCCUCCCGCUCCUCCCCUGCGUUGCCUGGUCACAAGGGCCGAAGAAACGACGGUUGUGUAGCAAUGGAGGAAGCGGCGGGGGGUUAACCAGAGACAAGAAGACGCCCGGGGUGAGGGGGUGGGGUGGGGUGGGGGGCGCUCCCCUUCGCCCUUGGCGGCGAGGGCUGCUUUCCCGCGCGCCUCCUUUCUUUGCCCGCCCCUGCCUCGCAUGGCUUUCAUGAUGAUGAAGAAGAAGAAGUUCAAAUUCCGCGUGGAGCUGGAACUGGACGAGCUCUCCUCGGUGCCCUUCGUCAACGGGAUCCUCUUCUGCAAGGUGCGGCUGCUGGACGGCGGGAGCUUCAGCGGAGAGUCCUCCAGGGAAGUGGUGCAAGCAAACUGUGUUCAUUGGAAGAAGAGGUUUUCAUUUAUAUGUAAAAUAAGCGCAAGUGCCACAACAGGGAUUCUGGAUCCCUGCAUCUGCAGAGUCUCUGUACGAAAGGAAUUAAAAGGAGGGAAAACUUAUGCAAAGUUGGGUUUUGCAGAUCUUAACCUGGCAGAGUUUGCUGGAUCAGGAAACACCACUCGCCGCUGCUUACUGGAAGGUUAUGAUACCAAAAACACAAGGCAGGACAAUUCAAUUCUCAAGAUCUUAAUCAGCAUGCAGCUAAUGUCUGGAGACCCUUGCUUUAAAACACCUCCAUCUACAGCAAUGUCUAUACCAAUUGCUGGAGAAUCAGAAUCCCUGCAUGAAGACAGAAAAGGUGCAGAGAACACUAAAGGAUCACAUUUGACUGUAUCAGAUUUUACAAACAAGAGCAUCUCAGCCCCAGAUGAACUUGGAGCAUGUGGACAUUCUAGGACUUCUAGUUAUGCAAGCCAACAAUCAAAAGUAUCAGGAUACAGUACUGAACAUUCCAGAUCAUCCAGUUUCUCUGAUCUCUGUCAUAAAAGAAAUACCUCUGUGGGAAGCACAUCAACUGGUAUAAGUAGUAUUCUAGAGCCAUGUGAAGAGGCUGAAUCCAGAAGCUCUGAGGAUAAUCUGAAAGCAACUAUGAAAGAUGCACUCUCAGAAAAUACAAACAGGCUACCAGUAAAACAGGAUUCUGUGGAAUCACAGCUGAAGAGGGUUGAUGCAACAAGAGUUGAUGCAGAUGAUAUUGUUGAAAAAAUACUGCAGACUCAAGACUUCAGUUUGGACUCAAGUGCAGAAGAAGAAGGACUAAGACUUUUUGUAGGUCCUGGAGGGAGCACUGCCUUUGGAAGUCAUCACUUACCUAAUAGAGUGGGAUCUGGAGCUUAUGAACAAGUAGUUAUAAAACGCUAGAAGAACUGGACUAAGUUGAUGGAUUUCCAGAAUUUAUUUCUCAAUAUUAUGAAGGAUGAAAUCUUCUGAAAGUUGGCAUACACUGGUAUGCCUGUUUAGAUACUUUAUACUGAAAAUAGCUUCUUCAGAAACCAUUUAUAAGGGCAAUUUCCCACCUUUUAGCAUACUGCUAAUUUGUUGGCAGAUUUGUUGAUGGAAUUGUAUUGUUCCAUAUGUAAACCAAAUUGGGGUGGGGGGUUUUU